AUGAUGUGCGGCGCGCCCACCCCCACGCAGCCGGCCACGGCCGAAGCCCAGGCCAUCGCCGACCAGGUGAGGUCCCAGCUGGAAGAGAAGGAGAGGCAGUUCCCGAUGUUCAAGGCUGUGGAGUUCAAGAGCCAGGUGGUCGCCGGGAGGGUCUUCUUCAUCAAGGUUCAAGUGGAUGUUGACAACUUUGUGCACAUUCGAGUAUUUGAAAGCCUCCCACAGGAGAACAAACCCUUGGUCUUGGCCAGCUACCAGACCCACAAAGGCAGACACGACGAGCUGACCUACUUCUAG